AUGGCUGAGCGUGUCACUCUCCGCAAGCGCAACCCUUACAACACCAAGUCUUCCCGCCGCCAGGUGGUCAAGACUCCCGGUGGUCACCUUCGCUACCUUCACCUGAAGAAGCGCGGUACCGUCCCCAAGUGCGGUGACUGCCACACUGACCUGUCGGGCAUCAAGGCGCACCGCCCCCGCGAGUACGGCACCAUCUCCAAGCGCCAGAAGAGCGUCUCGCGCGCCUACGGUGGCUCGCGCUGCUCGUCGUGCGUCCGCACCCGCAUCAUCCGCGCCUUCCUCGUCGAGGAGGCCAAGAUCGUCAAGAACGUCCUCAAGGCCCAGGCAAAGUCGCAGAAGUAA